CUCACUUCACAACCAAUAUAAGCCCGUUGCCAAGUCCAGAAUACUUGCUAUAAAUUAUACAAGCAUCAAAGGGAAUGUCGCAAUCCACUAAAAGCAAUGGGCUUCUCGAUCUCCCUUGGGAGAUUCGCCGCGAUAUACUUACCCGAGCCCUGCGUCCCAUAAACACCAAGAACAAUAACACAAGCAGUCUACCCUCCUUAAGCAAAGAGUCUUUCCAGCGACGCGUGCGAUUGCGCAAUUGUUUUGAUACAGACUUUCCUGAAGAGACAAAUCUCUAUGUUCCCAGGAAUAAUAAUAGAUAUGCGCAGGCCACUGGUCUACGGGCUGUCAAUCGGCAGCUUCGCGAAGAGACUGACCUGCUGAUUAAUAAACUUGACCUUCCGUUUGUUAUGGAUAUCAUGGUUGUCAAAGACGUCGGCAUUUUCCCUACCUGGUUAAGCUAUCCAUAUCCACCGCGGCACCUGAAAAAGCUAACUAUCAACCUGCGUACUAUUCAACCUGGAAAGUGUGCCAUUCCCACGGAUUGGGUGGAAGCAGGGAGACAUAAACAGGCCAAGUGGGAGUUUUGGAGAAAGGGCCCUACCAUUUGGAAUAUUAUGGCCGCCAUUACCUUGUAUACCUUCAAUUGUCUCUCUAUCAAGUCGACAGCCUCGGAAUCAACACGGCCAAAUGCUCUUAGUGGUCUUACCAAUGUGGCUGACGCGCAUCUCUCAUCGUCCCGGGCAUUUGUUACUGAUAAGCUAUGCAUCCACAUUGCGCCGCUUGAGUAUGAUGCCAAGAAUGCGCCCAUUCCCAUAGAAACCCAGGACCUUUGCAAAGAAAGCCGGUUAUAUAGAGAAGGUUACUUCCAAUUCGGCCGAGAGCUAUUCGAGGACUUUUCGACAGAGACCAUGUGGCCAGAUGAGAUUGACUACAUGCGACGGCUGCUGGCCCGUGGUGAAUAUCCGUGCUAUCAGCUUUCAGAUCGCUUGGGAAAUAUUAUCUACGAGGUAGACCGUAACACCGACUCGGCAUAUUAUUUCUAUCUUCGGCUGCUGGCGCGUAGCGUAGGCGAGCUGAUAAUAGAUGGAGGCAUUCCUGGCCAGGACUUGACUAUAUACAGGCACCCUGCCUUCUGGGUUCAUCUUCGUUAUGCUAUAGAUUGUGAACUUCUCGUUGAGGGGAAUUUCAAUAAGAAACAAGUGCUGCGCAGCUUGAAGAAGGAGAUGAAGGACGGGUGGUCGGAGAUGGCUGCAAACCUGCGCACAAUUGAAAUCCGACGGUCUCACGGCUGGGUCCAAGAGGACGACUAGAAGUGACACGUAUAUUUGUAUAAUAAUGCAAUAUUUUCUCUCAUUUAUAUAUCAUCCAGCUUCUCGUCAGG